AUGUCUCUUACUCCAGCGUUACCCAGAUUGAAUCUUUUGGCUUCUCCAAAAACUCACAAAUUGCAAGCGUUUCUGGAUGUUUAUCGUCAUAUUUGUACAUUUGACAUCAUAUGGGAUACCAACUUAAUUGCUAUUCCUGAUGCGUCACCCGCACAAAUUCAAGAUCUUACUCAACGCAAAUCAGAUUAUCCAAAGGUACAAACAACAUUGCGAUCAAUGGAAUUAGGCAGUGAUCCUUAUUUAGAAGUUACAAUCGAAAAUAAUCAUAGCGAUAAAUAUGCACAUGUAAUACUUGCACAUGGAAGAACCAACGAUGGAACACGACGAAUCGGCAUAUGUGAAUUCCGGCAGUGCCGUUCGCUUAGUGCAGGUGGCCUUGUUGGACCACUGAUUGCAUGUGGGGUGGUUGGUUACUUCAGCCCAGCUGCUGGUAUUAUAGGUUUUAUAACAAAAGUAGCCGCUGAUUAUGCUUUAUCGAAACAAGAUGUCUCCGCCGUCGUGACUAUUAAAGAACUCGUACGCGCUGGUUUUUUAAGACUAAACGAAACAAAUAUGCAACUCUCGUUACCAUAA